AUGAUGGACCAGGCUACUGCCCGCCGGCUCGCCAAGGCCCUACCCAAGGUCGAGCUCCAUGCGCACCUAAGCGGAAGCAUCGAUCGUGACUGUCUGCACGAGAUUUGGGCGCGGCGGAAGCAGGCAGACGACUGCUUCGACCUGCAGGACCCGCUGGACGCCAUCCCGCCCGGCAAAGUCGACUACGACCUCAACACCUUUUUCCCGUUGUUCUCGUCGUACAUCUACAAGCUGUGCAGUGACAUUGAAAGUAUCAAGUACUCCACACUUUCGGUGCUCGAGUCAUUCCGUCGAGAUAACGUCAUACACCUAGAACUCAGGACGACGCCACGCGCCAUCCCAAAUCAAGGAAUUACGAAGAAGCAAUACGUAGAGACGAUACUGGCCUGCAUCGAAGAGCACAAUGCCCGCCCCUCCAACCCGAUGCGUACAGGGCUUAUCCUAUCCGUAGACCGCCGGAACUCCGUAGUCGAGGCUGAGGAAGUUGUCAGUCUGGCAUUGUCGCUCCAGCCGAGAGGCGUCGUUGGGAUUGACCUGUGCGGCGACCCCGUUAAAGGCGAUGUACGCAUCUUCUCCGAGUCGUUUGCCAGAGCCAAGGCCGCAGGGUUGAAAAUUACCGUCCAUUUCGCCGAGGCCGCUGCCUCCUCAACUGACACUGAGCUGUGGACGUUGUUAAGCUGGCAGCCCGAUCGAAUUGGACAUGUCAUCCAUGUGAAAGAAGAAAUCCGCAAGGCGAUCAUUGAACAAAAGAUUGGAGUUGAACUAUGCAUCAGCUGCAACGUCCAUGCCAAAAUGAUUACCGGAAGUUUUCAGGACCACCACUUUGGGUGGUGGAGAGAUUCCGGCGUUGGGGUCGCACUCUCAACAGACGACGUCGGCGUCUUCUGUAGCCCCAUAUCCGAGGAAUAUUACCUGGCUAUCACGCAUUUCAACUUGAGCAGAGAAGAUGUCAAAAAGCUAUGUGAAGGUGUGGUGGAUAUCAUCUUUGCAGAUGACGAAGAGAAAUCCCGACUAAGGAAAUUGUACGCGGCUUGGGACGGGUGGAAUUGA